AUGCUGCUUCGAACGGCGUUGAGGUCCCGGGCACCACGUCCGGUGUCCUCUUAUAUCGCUCGCUCGAUAUCAUCUGCACCGCUCAUUCAAAUCAAGAAUGGCACGUUUUACCGGCAAUAUCCGACACAAGAUGAUGCCGCGACUAAUCCACCUCUGUAUUCCAAGUUCAAUUUUACUCUACCCUCUCAAGGCUCACCUUCGAACGGUAGCGAAUCUUCCUUGCAGCAUUGGGCGGUGAUUGGCCCAUCCGGACGAACUGAUCUGCUAGACAUCUUCCGUGGCCAGCACAUUUGUCUUCCACCUACCGCGCGAUCUUAUCCCUACCUCCUCACAGACGAACUUGCCGCCAAGGAUCCCCAACUGCGCUACGUUGGAAAUGCAAUCCAGUAUAUUGGUUUCAGUGGAGAAGGAUCGGGGGCUAUUGGUGGCACCCGCGGCGCAUACCUGAGUGCUCGCUAUGAGAGCCUUAGGGAGGAGACUGAUUGGACAGUGGAGCAGUUUCUCCGUGGCCAGACGUCGCUGAAUCCUAUGGAAGGAGAAGAAAAAGGAACAAUUCAUGAUGAGCAGCUCAUACAAGAGGUGAUUACCGAUCUACAUCUAUCAGAGUUGCUUGACAUGCCGGUUGCAAACCUUAGCAAUGGUCAAACAAGACGAGCUCGCAUCGCAAAAGCUCUACUCAGGAAACCCGAGUUGCUCCUUUUAGACGAGCCUUUCAUGGGACUGGACCCUGUUACCGUUCGAAGUAUUUCCGGAUUGCUUCAUCGUCUUGCUGAAAAGUCUUCACCUCGAUUGGUUCUCGCCUUGCGCCCCCAGGAUAAAGUGCCAGAAUGGAUCACCCAUUUGAUCGUAGUGGGCAAUUCUCACCAGGUCAUGAAGCAGGGAUCGCGAUCCGAAAUUAGCCGAACGCUGGCUAUCUGGAAGCGACUCAUAAGUGGCAAUAAUUCGGCCAGCGGCUUGGAUGACGAGGAGAAAGGCAUUCUUCGACAGGCUCGAAAGGAUUUGAAGUCUGGUGCUCUUGAUCCACAAUUGGUCCAAGACUUUACUUCCAAAGAAGUAGAAAAACCUGAUUGGAAGGAAAUCACCCCCUUGCUAGGAGGAGAGCCACUGAUAGAAAUGGACGGUGUUCGUGUGCAGUAUGGCGAUAAAGUGGUUCUGGGCAAUUGGACUCAGAAAGUGAAUGAGGAAGUCAAGGAUGGUCUUCAUUGGCGCGUGCGUCGAGGCCAGCGCUGGGCGAUUCUCGGUGCUAACGGAUCUGGCAAGACAACUUUAUUAUCACUUAUUACAUCUGAUCAUCCGCAAGCAUACGCUCAGCCCAUUAAGUUCCUCGGCCGGUCGCGUCUCCCAGAGGUAGGCAAACCUGCUAUCUCUAUAUUCGAGCUCCAGUCUCGCCUUGGCCAUUCGUCUCCAGAGAUCCAUGCAUUCUUUCCUCGUCAAUUAACAGUGCGAGAAGCCCUUGAAUCAGCUUUUGCAGAGACUUUCUUAUCCAAGCCGGCGCUCAACUAUGAGCGGGACCUGGACGUGAACGCAGCGCUGCGGUAUUUCAAGGCUGAGCUUGAUCCAAAUGCAAAUACUACAAAGGAGCAAGCGCCUCCUACCAUCACAACCAACUCCGAUAUCUUCCCUAAGCUCAACUCUACCGGAAAUAACAAGCCUUACAUUCCGUCUGACUAUGAUAUCGAAUACGCCGACCAUAUGACCUUCGGCCAACUCACUACUGCACAGCAGCGUAUUGUGCUUUUUCUAAGGGCCCUCAUCAACAAUCCAGACAUUGUGGUUCUCGACGAGCCCUUCUCGGGCUUGUCUGCUUCUCAGCGUGACAAAUGUCUGCACUAUAUUGACCACGGCGAUACUCCCUCCUCGCCCAGUCGGGCCUCAGGUCAAGGACUCUGCCGGUACAAGGGUCUGUCAGAAGAUCAGGCGCUGGUUAUUAUCAGCCAUGUCAAAGAGGAAAUCCCUGAAAGUGUUCGGUAUUACAUGCGGCUACCUUCGGUGCCGGGCGAUGGCACCGAGCCGUUGGAUUUCCGAUUUGGUCUACUCAAGAAUACCAGUGUCCUGAGUGACCCGAACGUAUGGGAUACUGCAUGGUCUCCACCUUCUCAUUUCUCGGAGAUCACUCAGCGAACUCGCAGACGGCAUGAGGUGCCAUCUGACAUAGACGUCUACGAGUGGUUUUCGAUCUAG